AUGGGCAAACAUCAAGAAGAAAUUAACAAAUUAACACGAGUCGAUUUUUCACAUUUGCAUCAACGAAGAACAACUUUGGAAAGUCCAUUCACUGGAUCACCUAUGAAAUUUGCUGCGACAGAUUUUGAUGAAACACAAUCAAUGCCACAAGCUCUUCAUCAUUUGACAAAUAUUGGAUAUGGAACAUUGAGAACGAACAAGAAGAAGGUAGCUUCGGGUAAUAAUUCGAGCUCUGUUUUUAAAAUGUUUCAAUCCAAUACAAAUGCAAAUGAUGCACUGGGUGAUUUGGCAGAUUUUAGAAAGAGAAAGAAUAUGAUGAAUGGUACUGGUAAUAAUGGUGAUGAAAAUUCUGCAGAAACAUUUUCAACGAGUGCUCCUAUCACGAGUGAAACUUUUUUAACACAAAAUGUGGCAGAUUCUAAUACAUUUUCCUCUCCUAUUGGAUCAAGUGGUUCGGGAUCUCCAUUUGGAGAAAGUUUGGAAAUUAGAGAAUCUGCAUUGAAUUCAGUUUCUCCCCAACAGAAUAAUUCUACAGGAAGUAAUACAGUCAAUCAAGUACCAUUUGAUGCUUCUCUCUAUGAUUCAAGCCAUUCAAAGCGAAGGGGACAUACAAAAUCAUCUAGUAUUGCAACAUCUCCACUCGAAUCUGAAUCUACAUCCUCCACACAAAGCCGAUCGAAUUUUGUAAAGGAAUUGGUUUCAAAUGAUGGAGAUUUUAGAUUGAGUGUGAGUGGUGAAUCCAAUCAAGCAGUUCAUAUUCAUCAACAACAACAUCAACAACAGGAUAGUGAUGAUAUCAACAUUGUAACAACUUCUCCAUCUCCAAUUUCAGCUUCAGUAGGUGGAACUCCCUCUGCAUUAUUAUCACCAAACUCUGAUCAAUCUGCAACUGGAUCACGUCGAUACAGUGAUGCACACCCACCAACCCAUGUUCGAUACGAUUCUGCUUCGCUUCCAACUAUUAAUACAGCUACUGUCAAGGCCACUAAACAUAAUACUAGAGAUAUGGGAAGUUUUGACUUUGAUAAUGUUGUCUUUUCAGUGGGCAGUGAUCCAGGUAUGACACCAAUUAGUGAAGAAGAUGCAAACAUGACAUCUAGCACUGAUGAGGAUAAGGAAAAGAAGAGAAAUAGUGGAGGAUUGAAACCAUUUGGAUCUCUUUUAAUUAGACAAAGAAAGUCUUCAAAUGCCACAGUGAAAGAAGUUCCAAAAUUGAAAACUGACAAUUCAGAUUCCCGUGCCCAGUUGGAUUUCUUACGAGAUGUACAUCUACAAACAACUCCAAACACUGCAAGAAAUUCAGGAAAUGGUCAAAUUCCACCAUUUGAAAUUAAGAGUAUUUUCUGUGGAAGAAAUAAUAGUUUCAUUCUAACAAAGGACGAUGAAAUUUAUUGGUGUGGUGAACGUUCAUCAUGCUAUUUUAAGAGAUUGCAAGAUGAAGAAUUGGAAGGAAAGAAGAUUAAAUUAUUUUCGACAUCACCUUUCGCAGAUCAUUUCCUCAUUGUUACUUCACAACAGGAGGUUUUAGUGAGUGGUAAUAAUAGUAAUGGUCAAUUGGGAGAUGGAACAACAUUGGAUUGUUAUGGAUUUUUGAAAAAGAUUCAAUUUGAUUUUGGUGAAGAUUAUACGGAUGAAGAAAAGAAAUAUGUUGAUUUCAAAUUUGGUGCUUGUGGUAGAGCACAUACCUGUCUUGUUGCUACAUUGAAUGGAGGCAUUGAUGUUUUCUACAGUACAGGAAAUAACCAAUUUUCACAAUUAGGUUAUGCUCUACCAGUUGAGAGAGCAUACUUUGAAAAUCCACCAUCUCUCCCAUUCGAAAGAAAGCCAAUCAAGGAUUUAGCAUGUGGAGCCCAACAUACAAUUGUAUUGACAGAGGGAAAUGAAAUUUGGGCAUGCGGUAAAGGAGAUUUAGGUCAAUUAGGUAACGGUUCUUAUUCACCAAAGAAUGUUUUCCAAAAGAUUGACCUUCCAACCAAUUACAUUAUUAGACGAGUUUUUUGUGGAGGUGGUUAUACUGUUUUAUUGACCACAGAUAAUGUAGUGCUCAGAUCUGGAGGUAACUAUUAUGGACAAGCUUUCUUGGGCAGUACUGAGAUGGUUUGCGAUUAUAAGGAACAGAAAAUUGAAAAGAUUGGUUCCUCCUACAAGGUCUAUUCCAUACAUCCAACAACUCUCUUCUGUAUCAUACAAUGUACCAAGACAGUUACUACUGGUAAAAAAUCAUCUCGAACCGUAGAGACUCCAACACAAGAGAAGGAAAAGAGUUCCACCUUAAAGUCAGGCAUGUUCUCUUCCAAAUCUAAACUCAAUUUGAAAUUAGAUCUGUCAGGAGUACAGGAUAGUGAUAGUUACAGGCCCAACACAACUAGAUAA